CCCAAGGAGGCCGGCGGCGGCGGCGGCGGCGAGUCGCGGGAAGCAGUGGUGGCGCGGCUCACCAAAGACAUGUUGGGCAAGCUGCCGCCCGACUACGAUCCCUUCGAGGUCAAACAGAGGCUGCAAGCCAUGGGUGCCUUGUCGUCCAUGAACAUCUUCUUGAGGCAGGAAAUUGAUCGCAUGCAGAAA